AGGCUGGAACGCCGCACCGGCGGGCGCUCAUUCCAAUCAACGCGCGGCCUUCGUGAUGACGGCGCUCCCUCGAUUCACGUGACCGGUUGCUCCUGCACAUGCGCCGUUACAGGGGGGCGGUUAAGGGGAGCUGAUGUUGUGUUGGUCUGGAGGGUCCUUGUGUCCAGGAAGAGGAUAUGAGAAGAGCAGCUUUGCAGGUAGAGCUUCCCAACUGAGUACCAUGUGAAGGUCUGACAGAGCCCCUUGAUUCGUGGGACAGGAGAGACGUCCCUCUUUCAGUCCAGAAGGGGAAAAUUCUUUGAACGUUUUUGUCUGCUUCAGUAGGCUCUUAAAGUAUCAUCUUUACCUGAACCACACGGGCACGUGCCUGAGCCAGUUUGCCCACUGUGGGGAAAGGAAGUCUCAGGAGGCAUUCCGCGCACCAUGGAGAAACCGUGGAAGUGUGGGGAUUGCGGGAAAGGAUUCCGCUCCCCCUCCGUGCUGGAGAUCCACCGCCGUGUCCACACCGGGGAGCGGCCCUUCACCUGCUCCGUCUGCGGCAAGGGCUUCACCCAGUCGUCCCACCUGCUGACCCACCAGCGGGUCCACACCGGGGAGAGGCCCUUCACCUGCUCCGUCUGCAGCAAGGUCUUCUCUGACUCGUCCCACCUGCUGUCCCACCAGCGUGUCCACACCGGGGAGCGGCCCUUCACCUGUUCCGUCUGUGGCAAGGGCUUCACCAAGUCGUCCAACCUGUUCUCGCACCAAUGGGUCCACACCGAGGAGAGGCCGUUCAGCUGCUCCGUCUGCGGCAAGGGCUUCUCUCACUCGUCCCACCUGCUGACCCACCAGCGGGUCCACACCGGGGAGAGGCCGUUCACCUGCUCGGUGUGCGGCAAGGGCUUCUCUCACUCGUCCCACCUGCUCAAGCACUGGCGGGUCCACACCGGGGAGCGGCCCUUCACCUGCUCCGACUGCGGCAAGGGCUUCUCUCACUCGUCUCACCUGCUCAGGCACUGGCGGGUCCACACCGGGGAGCGGCCCUUCACCUGCUCCGUCUGCGGCAAGGGCUUCACCCAGUCGUCCCACCUGCUGCAGCACCAGCAGGUCCACACCGGCGAGGGGGUCUUCACCUGCUCAGUCUGCGGCAAGGGCUUCACCCAGUCGUUCACCCUGCUGACCCACCAGCAGGUCCACACUGGGGAGCGGCCCUUCACCUGCUCGUUGUGCGGCAAGGGCUUCACUCGAUCGUCCACCCUGCUGCGGCACCAGCGGGUCCACACCGGGGAGCGGCCCUUCACCUGCUCCGUCUGCGGCAAGGGCUUCACCCAGUCGUCCAACCUGCUGCGGCACCAGCAGGUCCACACCGGCGAGGGGGCCUUCACCUGCCUGGUCUGCGGCAAGGGCUUCCCCCACUCGUCCGGCCUCCAGAUCCACCAGUGGGUCCACACGGGGGAACAUCCUUCCGAUAGACCAGAAGUGCACAUAAUACAGAGGAACUUCGAUUAUCCAGAAUUAGAUGAACCAGCACGGUGGCUCAGUGGUUAGCGCUGCUACCUCACAGUACCAGGGACCCGGGUUUCAUUCCUGCCUCAGGCGACAGACUGUGUGGAGUUUGCACAUUCUCCCCGCGUCUGCGUGGGUUUCCUCCUAGUGCUCCGGUUCCGUCCCACAGUCCAAAGAUGUGCAGGUCAGGGUGAAUUGGCCAUGCUAAAUUGCCCGUCGUGUUAGGUACAUUAGUCAGAGGGAAAUGGGUCUGGGUGGGUUACUCUUCGGAGGGUCAGUGUGGACUGGUUGGGCCUGUUUCCACACUGUAAGGGAUCUAAUUGUCAAGCGACUGAAAUAUACCCUGCAUGUGUCCUUUGGAUAAUCGCGGUUCCUGUGUAUUCCAAAAGUGGCCUAACCAACGUCCUGUCCAGACCCCAACCCCUAUACUCAGUGCUCUGACCAAUAAAGUGAUCUGCAGAAUCUGCGGGACUUGCUUAAUCCUGGGAGGUAAAUCACGUGUUUCUCCUUCUCUUGCAGGUGGAUCCAAGACUUCACUCUCUGUCCCAUUGAGUCUCCAGUCAGGUCCUUCAGCUCAACUGGUCUCUCUCAGUAUUUCUGACCCAUGUGAGCCUCUACGCACCUCCCCUUCACUUGCUCACACUUGAUUUCCCUUACAGCAGCAUUCCCUUCAGUUCCUUUCUCCCUGACGUCUGUAUCCAGCUUCUCCUUAAAUGCCGUCCACCUCGACCUGCUACUGUGGGGGUCAUUCCCGCUGCAGACAGAGGUCUCUCCUUUGUAACCUCUUCAAAAGAUUUACCGCUGACUUCCCCCUUCAGUCUUUUCCAUUACUGGGUCUCCCCGCUGUUGCGAAACUUGGAAUGGUUCAGAAAAUAUUUACAAGGAUGUUGCCAGGGUUGGAGGAUCUGAGCUACAGGGAGAGGCUGAACAGGCUGGGGCUGUUUUCCCGAGAGCGUCGGAGGCUGAGGGAUGACCUUGUAGAGGUUUACAAAAUUGAGGGGCAUGGAUAGGAUAAAUAGGCAAAGUCUUUUCCCUGGGGUUGGGGAAUCCAGAACUAGAGGGCAUAGGUUUAGGGUGAGAGGGGAAGAUAUAAAAGAGACCUACAGGGCAACGUUUUCAUACAGAAGGUGGUGUGUGUACGGAAUGAGCUGUCAGAGGAUGUGGUGGAGGCUGGUACAAUUGCAACAUUUAAGAGGCGUUUGGAUGGGUAUAUGAAUAGGAAGGGUUUGGAGGGAUAUGGGCUGGGUGCUGGCAGGUGGGACUAGUUUGGGUUGGGAUAUUUGGUCGGUACGGACGGGUUAGACCGAAGGGUCUGUUUCCGUGCUGUACAUCUCUUGACAAAGCCUUGUCUGAGGGUGAAAUGUUGUCAUUCCGGUUGAUGCGAGUGGUCCCCUGUCUGUUGUCCUUUUUGUUUCCUUUCUCGGAAAGGAUGUCGCGGACAUGGGCAGCGUUCCCGAGCCCCGCUCCGGAACGGGCUGUUCCGUCCUCUUC